CUGACAAACGUGUCUCAGUCUGGAGGUGAAUGAUAGCAAGGGAAGAGCGCCAUGAUCUUCUGAACACAGGGCUCAUAAUUCAUGCUUUGGUUGCUCAGCCUUCCAUACAAGCCUUUUGUACAUGAAAAUGUGAGGGGAGGAAUCCGAGAGGAGCUCUGCGCAUGGCAAUGCACAAAAUUGAGCGCUAAAGUGGUAACAGCAUGUUGCCAAAUGCGCUAGCUAUUUCAGAUUAGCAUCUCCCUUACUGCUGAUACCAUCCGUAAGUUCGAUUUGUGGCGAAGGAUUAUUUUGAAUUGAAGCAUGGCGGGGGCGGAGGCGCACACAGGCCCCAGCACACCGGGCCUGCACGUCCGCAGGGAGCCGUUUGAAUUUGGCCUGCUGCCCCUCUCGUCCCUGUACCACAAGUUUGCCGAUGGUGUGCCGGCCUUCCUGAAGCUGCGCGCGCGGCUGCAGGAAAAGGCGGGGACCUCAGCUAGAGUGGACGCUUCUGCGAUUGCAGAAACGCUGAGCAUCUCCCACACGCAUGCACACCUACUGCUCGACACGCUUGCCUGUGUCCUGCCAGAGGAUGGCCCAGAUGCCGACCCCUUGGCUACGGCUGCGGUGGGGGAGGUAGACGCAGUGGGGGCGGACGUGGACGUCUUGAUUUUGUUCCUAUUCGUCCAGCUCUACAGGAGGCUGCCGUUCAGGCCGCACAGGGACCCUGCAUCGGUCGCCGAUGUCUGGCCGCAACCGAGCCCUUUUGACAAUCUGGCCUCCUCACCUUCAUCGCCCUUGCAGAACAAAGCGGGGCUGCGGCAUAAGUCGUCCUGGGGGGGCGCAGAGGAGGAGCAGCACCAGCUGCAGUUUGUUCAGAAGCACCUGCCGGGGAUGCUGGAGACGCUCGCGGUCGACAGCGAGGAGGGGAAAGCAAUUGGCCCCAGCCAGUUUGACAAGCUCGGCCUGUUGCUCCGCUCCGCUGACCUCAGCGCGGCCCCCCUCUGCCACUCCACCCCCUUCUUUGCAAACUCCGACCCUGCCAUGCCGGCCGCGCCCGUUCCUGCCUCCAAAGUCCUCCAAUACCUCAAAGAGAGCAUUCACACCGCCUCGCACAAGGAGGAGGCCGCAGGCACGAAUGGGCCCCAGGGGGGCGAUGUCGGGAUGACGGACGCCCCGAGUAGUCCUAGUUCCAGCAGCGGAAGUAGCUCGUUCUCAAACGGGGGCCUGUGGCCCAGGGACUGGCAGCCCCAGGGCGUAACGAGCGUGGACGGAGUGACCAAGAUGUCGGUGCUUAAGGGGGAGAGCAACAUCGAGAAUGGGGUCAUUCGGGUAUCACACUGUCACGACGCAGUUGUUUAUGUCUUAGCCCCGCUGCGGUAUGCCUCCAUCUUUGGGUGCACAGACUGCAUCGUGGUCCUCGGAGCUACUGGGAAGGCAGUCAAGGUGGAGCACUGUGAACGGGUCCAGCUGCUGGCGCCGUGCGCGCGCAUCCGGAUCGCCAACUGCCGCGAGUGCGUGUUCUACUUGGGGACGAACCAGAACCCGCUCGUGCUCGGGGACAACCACAAGAUACAGGUGGCGCCGUACAACACGUUCUACCCACGCCUGGACGCGCAUCUGGCGGAAGUGGGGGUGGACCCUUCGGUCAACAUGUGGAACGUGCCCAUCACGCUCGGCAAGACGGACCCACACGACCCCAACCUGCCGACAGCUGGCGCCGCGGACGGGGAGUCGGAGACGGCGGCGCUGCUGCCGCCAGAGCGGUUUGUACCGUUUGUGGUUCCGUUCCGGACUCCCGCGACGCCCUCGUCCCCCACGGAACAGCAGCAGCAGGCGACACGGGCCAACCCGUUUGUGCUGCCAAAGGCGUAUCUCCAGGCGCUCCAGCAAAAGACGAAGACGGUGGAGACGCUGCGUCAGACGCUGAAGACGGCGGUUCUGGAGGAGAACAAAAAGAAGGAGCUGACAAACGUCAUCCAAGCACAUUUCAAGGAAUGGUUGCUUGCUUCGGGGAACAUUAGGCAAGUGUAUGAUCUGGCCCGCUUAGAUAGGGACCCCUAGGCGGUUCGCCCUCCUCAAUCCUUCAGCGAAAGCACAGUCUGUGAGUGUGAGCUUGGGUGGGAAGCCCUGCCUAAUCUGCUGAAAGGCGUUUGUGCCUUAUCUUUU